CUACGGUUGUUCGACCUUCCAAGUUCCCGGCUCGCUCCUUCUCCUUUCCUAACAAAGCUCUUCUCCACCACCCACCGCCGGGCAAUCAAUCGCUGUCCCGAUUGAAUUGUCAAUCUCAGGUCUUUUUUGGCGACAUAGAGACGCCGGCGUCGGAAAAUCGAUUGGAUAAGAAUCUGACCAGAAUCCCUUCUCACAUCUUUUUCCUAUUCGACAUUUUUCUGUUUCUCGCUCGGACUUCGUUUUCUGGGAGGGAGAGGAAAAGGAAAGAGUCCACGGAAUUCGAAAUUGUUUUUCUUAGUGUGCGAGCGGUGCUUCUCUCAAUCUUGUCUGAAUUCGUAAUUCGCUCUCUUUCUACUUGGGAGUUGGGAUCGUCUUUUAUUUAUUUGCGGCGAUCCUCGGUUUGAAUCGAGUUUCCUGAGGUUGAAUUGUCAUCGUUUUGGCGGGGGGAAAGAGGAGAAUGUUCAACGGAAUGAUGGAUCCUGAGCUCAUCAAGCUUGCUCAGGAGCAGAUGAGUCGGAUGUCGCCUGGCGAGUUAGCCAAGAUCCAGCAGCAGAUGUUUUCUAAUCCAGAUUUGAUGAAAAUGGCAUCUGAAAGCAUGAAGAACAUGAGACCUGAAGACUUGAGGCAAGCGGCAGAGCAAUUAAAGUAUACACGUCCUGAUGAGAUGGCUGAGAUUGGUGAGAAGAUGGCUACUGCAUCGCCAGAAGAGAUAGCAGCUAUGCGUGCUCGGCUUGAUUCCCAGGCUACAUACGAAAUGAAUGCGGCUGAAAUGUUGAAGAAACAGGGUAAUCAACUUCACAGCCAGGGAAAAUUCAGCGAGGCAUCAGAAAAAUAUUUGCUAGCAAAGAAGAAUCUUAAAGGAAACACAGCCUCCAAAGGCAGUGCACUUUUAUUGGCAUGCUCUCUCAAUCUGAUGUCCUGUUACCUAAAGACAAAACAAUAUGAUGAGUGCAUUAAAGAAGGAACAGAGGUGUUGGCAUAUGAUGGUAAGAAUGUCAAGGCUCUUUAUCGUAGGGGUCAAGCCUACAAAGAACUUGGACAAUUGCGAGAUGCCGUCUCUGAUUUGGCUAAAGCACAUGAACUUUCACCUGAUGAUGAGACUAUCGCAGCUGUCUUAAGUAAUGCUGAAGAAAGUUUCACUGAACAGGGUAGUUACCAGGCACCAAAGGGAGUUGUAAUUGAAGAGAUAACUGAAGAUUCAUCUUCUGGAAAUCCUGAAAUUCCUCAACAGUAUAGGAGGAAUGUGGAAAGCACUGGAAGCCAGACUAAUAUUGGGGGUUCAAUGACCAGUUCAGAGUCUUUGCAUGCCUUAAAAGAUAACCCGGAAGCCGUAAGGUCUUUCCAGAAUUUCAUCUCUAAUGCUGAUCCUGAAACUUUAGCUUCAAUAAGUGGUGGGAAAGCUGCUGAUAUCUCUCCAGAUAUGUUCAAGACUGCUGCAAAUAUGAUUGGAAAGAUGUCUCCCGAUGAGCUGCAAAAAAUGCUUCAGAUGACAUCUUCUUUCCAGGGGGGGAAUCCAUACAGUAAUGGUGUUGAUAGUAUCAGACCUGGUGCCGUUCCUCCAAACGUGAGCCCGGACAUGAUUAAAAUCGCUUCUGAAAUGAUGAGCAACAUGCCACCAGAAGAGCUUCAAAAGAUGGUUGAAAUGGCAUCCUCUCUUAGAGGAAAGGACUCCGCUGCAAAAGGAGGAACCUCGGGUCAACAUGCUUCUAGUUCAAACAAAGUUUCAAACUUUACAGAAGCUCGAGAAAGUAGUUCUUUGAAUGACAAAAAUAGUGGUGACCCUAGUUCCUCUGGCAGUCUCUUUUCGAGGUCAAUGAGUGAUCAGCCAAGUUUUUCAAGCUCGGGUGGUGACCUGCAAGAGCAGUUGAGAAAUCAAAUGAAUGAUCCAGCGACACGGCAGAUGUUCACUUCAAUGAUGCAAAACAUGAGUCCGGAUAUGAUUGCUAACAUGAGUAAGCAGUUUGGAGUCCAACUUUCUCCAGAAGAUGCAGCAAAAGCUCAGCAAGCCAUGUCAUCUCUAUCCCCUGAAGACUUGGACAAAAUGAUGAGAUGGAUGGAUAGGCUCCAAAGAGGAGCUGCAGGUGCAAAGAAGGCGAAGAACUUGUUACUUGGCAAACCGGGCCUGAUCCUGGCUAUAUUCAUGUUGCUAUUGGCAAUUCUCCUUCACUGGCUUGGCUUCAUCGGAAGGUAAACUUUCCGAUUCACCAGAGAAGGAAAGUAAGGGGAAAAUGAGAAAUAGGGAGGCAGAGUUUAAGGGUAGGCUUGUUAUACUGAUUCGGGGAAGAUAAUGGUGAAUUGGUGAUCACUUAUCAGGAUCGCAUAACCAGAAUUUGGUAACGUCUUAGGUGAUGAAGUGUUUGAACGGAUGAAACUAUUCUUUCUAUAUGGUUCCUUUUUUUCCUUUCUUGUUGAAGUUUAGUCGACAUGCUGAAUACUGGCUCAAGACAUGGUUAUGCACCCAUCAAUAACCAAAUUUGAACCAUUCAUUUAGAAAAUUCAGAUUU